AUGGAUGAAAUGUUGAUGGAAGAUUACAAUAAAUGUUUAGAAAUAAAUUCUGAUGUUAGGUCGCACAAUAUUAAAACAUUAGCAGCUCAGUUGGCUUUGGAAAAUGACUCCCUUAAAGAUUUCAUGAAAAAAUUCGACGAAAACAAAGGACAAUUAAUACAAACUUUACGAGAUGAUAAUGAUUUGCAAAAAUCAGCUGUGAUUUCAAUAUUGGAAAAAAGUGAUGCAUCCUCUUGGGAAAUUAAAAAGCAAAUUUUGUUCAUAGAAAAUAAACUGGCAGAAUUGACGAGAUUAGAAUUGGCCAAGAGAAAAUUAGAAUCCGACUCACAAGUUGUCGAACUAUCGAAAAAUCGAGUGGAACUAACGAAAAUGUUGAUGGAUUUGAUAGAGAGACAGGAAAAUCGAAGAAAAGAAUUGAUUCAAAUGAUUCAAAAAAUGGAAGCCAUUCAAGCCGUCAAUACGGAUUCGAACGAUUAUUGGUUGAGACAAUACGAAUUUUUACUGCAUUCGAAAUCAUACGACCUCGUCAAAUUUCUAGAAUCCGUGGAUUCAAAUUUAGUGUACGAAUUUUUCAUAAAUGGAGUGUUUCAAUAUUUACCUCUGUUAAAAGACGUGGAUUUAAGAUCGGAUAAAUUGAACGACAUAACCGCGAAUACGUUGAUUAAGGUGGGAAUCAAUAAUUCCGAAGAUCGUUCGAGUAUUUUGAAAGCCAUAAGAACGUUUUUAAAUUCGAAUCAAGUUAACGUACCCUCGGCACCGGAAAUUCAACAUCCGAGUGCUCCAAUUUUGGAAGAUGACAAAUUUAUCCAAAGGAACAACGCGGUUUACACAUCUCAAGAGGAUUGUGUUGUAUGUUUCGACGCAAAGUCCAACGUUUUGUUUUCACCUUGCGGACAUAUAUGUUGUUGUUUUAAAUGUUCUCGAAACAUUUCGAAUUGUCCACUAUGUCGGGAAUUUAUAAAAGAAAAAAUACAAAUGAAUUAA